GCUGCUGUACUUGGCAGUGCACUUCUGCUGCUGUCUAUUGUUGAGGUGUCUGCUUACCAGCAGGGGUGAUCAUCAUUUUUGGCAUGUAGUAACACAGCCGGCCCCUACCCCCACCCCUCUGACGCCUUUUGCCGAACUUCAAGCAGAAGUACGGGGUUUCGAGGUGCACUGCACGCCGAUCGGGAACCUGACCAGCGGAGGGAGGAGGAGGCGGACAACCGUCGCCAAGGCAAUGCCCGUUUGACGGCGCCAUGAACCCCGAGGAGCAGACCGUAACGUGGUUGAUAUCGCUGGGAGUGCUUGGCUCCCCCAAGAAGAACAUCGCUGACCCGGAGGAAUUCUUGAAAGCCUCGCUGAAGGAUGGCCUCGUACUAUGCAAGCUGGUCGAAAAGCUUGUGCCCGGUUUCAGUGCCAAGUACUGCCCGGAUCCGCGGACCGAAGCCGACUGCUUAGGCAACAUUCGAGAGUUUCUGAGAGGAUGCUCGUCCUUGAAAGUGGAGGGGUUUGAGCCUGAGUGCCUGUACAGCGGGGAGAAUUUUGGCAAGGUCCUGACCACGUUGCUGGCUGUCAACUUUGCCACACAAGACAGUGCUGCAGAGAGAUCAUGUCCGCAGUCCGGCACACAAUCACUUAGUCCGACAUCAUCCUUGCACACAAUCUCCUCCGCCAAGUCCAAAGGCUCUCUGCGGCGACAAUCCAAAUCUGUGGAGAUGUCGGAGAAUGGCAGCAGUAACAGCGGACAGCUGAUGGUGAAGGCCCGCUUCAAUUUCAAGCAGAACAAUGAGGACGAGUUGUCGUUCACCAAAGGCGACGUCAUCAUCGUGACGCGGCAGGAAGAAGGUGGCUGGUGGGAGGGCAACCUCAACGGAAAGACGGGAUGGUUCCCCAGCAACUAUGUGCGCGAGGUCAAGGCCUGCGAAAAACCACUGUCUCCUAAAGGAGCUCAGCUGACCAAAAGCUACUACAGUGUGGUGGUGCAGGACAUCUUGGAACACGAGCGCGAGUUUGUCAAAGAGCUGCAAACGGUGUUGAGUUGUUACUUGCGACCGUUACAAGCCAGCGACAAGCUGAGCAGUGCAGACAGCGCCACUCUUUGUGGAAACCUUGAGGAGAUUCUCACCUUCCAGCAGGGCUUGGUUGCCUCUUUGGAGGAAUGUAUAAAAGUCCCAGAAGGCCAACAGCGGCUGGCCGGAUGCUUCUUAAAUAUGAUGUGUCAGAUCAAGUCCCUUUACCUGGCCUACUGCUCCAGCCACCCGUUAGCCGUCUGCAUCCUCACGGAUCACAGCGAGGACCUUGACAAGUUCAUGGAGAGCCAAGGAGCCAGCGCUCCGGGCAUCCUGACACUGACCACCAGCCUUAGCAAGCCCUUCAUGAGACUGGACAAGUAUCCCACCCUGCUGCAGGAACUGGAGAGACACGUGGAGGAAGCCCACCCAGACUUCUCCGACAUUGUGAAGGCCACAGCGGUAUUCAGGAGUUUAGUGACACAGUGCCAGGAGCUGCGAAAGCGCAAGAACCUGGAACUGCAAAUCCUGUCGGAACAGGUGCGCGGCUGGGAAGGAGACAGCAUGAAGAGUCUGGGUCAUGUGCUCUACAUUUCCCAGGUCCACAUGAGAACCGGCUCCAGUGAGGACAAAGAUGAGCGCUACCUGAUGCUUUUCCCCAACGUGCUCGUGAUGCUCUCCACCAGUCCACGGAUGAGUGGCUUCAUUUAUCAGGGACGACUGCCACUGACGGGCACCACUGUAAUGAGACACAUGGAUGAUAUGGACAAUGCACACUUUGCCUUUGACAUCACAGGAAGCAUGAUGGAGCGGGUGACGGUGUUUUGCAGCAGUGCCCAGGAGCUGCAAGAGUGGCUGGAGCACCUGCAGCCGUUUAGCAAAGGAGGCAGCCCUUCGGGCACCAUCUUGAAGACGGUAGAAGGCAAGCCCCUGAGCAUGGUGGGCACCCCUACCCACUUGUCCCACCUUGGCAGCUUCAGCGCCGUCAGCCGCGGGCCCCUGGAACCACCAAAGAUGAGCAAGCCGUGGUCACUCAGCUGCCUGCGUCCGGCGCCGCCCCUCAAACCCUCGGCCGCAUUGGGUUACAAAGAGAGGAUGUCUUAUAUCAUGAAGGACUCCAGCAAGAGCCCACGACCCAUGAAAAAGUUUCUGCCUGGAAACAGGAAGAAGGAAAGGAAGCAUUCCGAUGACGAGGUUCACACAAGGAGAAGCACGGUGGCUUUGGAAGAGGACGCUCAGAUCUUGAGGGUGAUCGAGGCCUACUGCACAGGAGCCAGCCUGCACUCCACCAACACACCCGUGCGGAAGGAAUGCGUGCCUCAGGUGCUCCUUCCCGAGGAAGAGAAAAUCAUUGUGGAGGAGAUGAAGAGCAACGGGCAGACGGUCAUUGAGGAGAAGAGUCUGGUUGAUGCAGUGUAUGCUUUAAAGGAUGAGGUCCAUGAACUGAAAAAGGAGAACAAAUGGAUGAAGCAGUUUCUUGAGGAUGAGCAGAAGUCUCGCAAAGAGCUGGAGAGAGUGGUGAGGAAGCUGGCCAAGCAGAAGAACGACUGCACGUGGGACGAUGGAGGCGGUGGUAGUGGCCACUAAGCACAGAACGAGCUGUGUGUGUGUGUGUGUGGGGGGGGCUGCAAAAAGUGCAGAAUGUCUUGGAAGACUUACAUCCAAAGCCACAGAAGUUGCGUCACAGUCCGAAUACAUAUGUUUGCGCGCUGUCAGUGUUUUCCAAAGUUUCUGGAGCCAAGGUACAUUUUCGGGAAAUCUCACGGCGCGCCACCAAACAAAAAUGUCAAUAACAUAAAAAAGAAAACCCUUCUUCAUGAAACUCCUCCACCACCUUCAACAUAGUUCUUUGACAAUAAGAGGGCGGAAAGCACCAUUUUUGUCCAAAUCAAACUACUCCACUCAUUUCAUAGUUUCUCGACAUUACGAUGGCAGCAAAGCACCAUUUUUGUCUAAUUGAACUCCUCAACUCCUUUCACCAUACAGUUCCUUGACACCAAGAUGGUGGUAAAGUACUGCAUGUCCCC